GGAGAAAGAACAUUGGGUCUAUUGUGGGGCUCGAAUCUUCGAACUGCAGCUCCCCCUAUUCAAAACAACAUGGAGGUGGCUGCACCUAUAUUAUUGAGGAAUCCUUUGGAAAAUGAUAUCAGGGAAAGACAAAUUCGACUCCAGGAGCAGAUCCUGAACAUCUUCCAAGUCGUAAGGAAAGAAGACAUGGAGUGGCAAAAGGUCCAACUUGAACACACGAAGGCGUUAAAGCAAACCGAGUUGGAGGCUAUGAAACAUAAAGACAACGUAAAGCAGGCAAUGAUAGAGAACGAGAGACUGAAGAAGGAACUGGAGAUGAUCAAGAUGAGGCCUGAACCAAAGUCUUCCAGCUCCUGUGUUUGCGCGGUGAUGUGAUGCCAAGAAUGGGUGAACCUAUGGAUAAAACAUAAUCAUAGAUAUUGCCAUUUGAAUUGGACCUUUCCAUUGUUUUUCUGAUUUACCUUUUCCUCGUCGUUGUGAAUUGAAAUGUUGGACUAUCCAAUACAUUAAUAACAUACCUGCAAGUGUGUACAAUUUAGUUAAGUCGUCCACAGGUUAUCAUUAUGCUAGUUGACCCUUCAAAGCGAUUAGAUUGCUGAGUAGUUAUCAUUGACUAAUCAAUAAACACUUUGGAUAACCUUGAACGUACACCAAGAGAAAUAUUAAUGUUUUAAUCUCCUGUGAACUACUGUGAACUCUUGUUAUUUUGCUUAAAAUCAUAUUUUGUUGUCAUUUUAAUUUGUUUAUUUUUGUCAAUGCACCAACUAUAAUUAACCCUUACCAAAAUAUACAGAACGUUUUAUUAUUUUAUUUUCUAAAAAAAUAAAAACAGAAUACCAUAUCAAUUCAAUACAUUUUUUCUUGAAUUUAUCAAAACCAGAAAAUGGCUGGUAAUUGUAACAAUA